GAAAGUGGGUGAGGGUCGCGCAUAUAAACCCAAGUUGGAAGCGCGGAAUUCGGCCACUAUCGGCCCUGCCCGCCCGCCCGACUGGUCGGCCCGCUGGUCGGUCAGCCGGGCGCCGCGUCGGACCGUUUAAACAUUCCGCGCCCCUCCCCGUCCCCUCCGGCCGGCAGCACCCUUUCCGCACGCCGCGAGAGGGUGGCCAAGUCGGCAGACUGACCUCUCUAUAGACAAGUGGAAUUCGAACGGCGCUGCUCCAAGCCCGAUGAAGAACUCGCGUCCCGGACGGGAUGAAGAAGGUGGAGCAGGAGGUGGUGGUGGCGGUGGUGGCGGUGGAAUCUUCCCGGGCCUGGACCAGUGGACCAACUUGCUUCCUGGAGGCACCCUACCCGCGGGCGUGACAAUGCCAGACAUUGGAGCGGCCGCUUCGGCAGUCAGUGGCAUCGUGACGGUGCCGCCCAACUUGCCCACAGCGAUCCCUCCCGCUAUACCCACCAACCUCCCCCCUGGAUUUCCGACCGGAAUCCCGAACAUCAACGACAUCAUCAGCUCACUCCCUGGCAUCAACCCGUGACAGGACCGUUGGAAGCUCCGAGGAAUUGCUUUUGCGAGUGGUUCGAUGUGAAUAAACAAAACGUUGGUUUCUUCA